AUGAACUACCUGCGGCGCCGCCUGUCGGACAGCAACUUCAUGGCCAAUCUGCCGAAUGGGUACAUGACAGACCUGCAGCGCCCGCAGCCGCCCCCGCCGCCGCCCUCUGCCGCUAGCCCCGGAGCCACGCCCGGCUCCGUGACCGCCACUGCCGAGAGGGCCUCCACGGCCGCCCCCGUGGCCUCUCCAGCAGCCCCUAGUCCGGGGUCCUCGGGGGGCGGUGGCUUCUUCUCGUCGCUGUCCAACGCGGUCAAGCAGACCACAGCAGCCGCGGCCGCCACUUUCAGCGAGCAAGUGGGCGGCGGCUCUGGGGGCGCAGGCCGUGGGGGCGCCACCGCCAGGGUGCUGCUGGUCAUCGACGAGCCCCACACCGACUGGGCGAAAUACUUCAAAGGGAAGAAGAUCCAUGGAGAAAUUGAUAUUAAAGUAGAGCAGGCUGAAUUCUCUGAUCUCAACCUCGUGGCUCAUGCCAAUGGUGGAUUCUCUGUGGACGUGGAAGUUCUUCGGAACGGGGUCAAGGUUGUGCGGUCUCUGAAGCCAGACUUUGUGCUAAUCCGCCAGCACGCCUUCAGCAUGGCACGCAAUGGAGACUACCGCAGUUUGGUCAUCGGCCUGCAGUACGCAGGGAUCCCCAGCGUUAACUCUUUGCAUUCUGUCUACAACUUCUGUGACAAGCCCUGGGUGUUUGCCCAGAUGGUUCGACUGCACAAGAAACUGGGGACAGAGGAGUUCCCACUCAUCGAUCAGACCUUCUACCCCAACCACAAAGAGAUGCUCAGCAGUACAACGUACCCUGUGGUUGUGAAGAUGGGGCAUGCCCACUCUGGGAUGGGCAAGGUCAAGGUGGACAACCAGCAUGACUUCCAAGACAUUGCAAGUGUUGUGGCACUGACCAAGACAUAUGCCACCGCCGAACCCUUCAUCGAUGCCAAAUAUGAUGUGCGUGUCCAGAAAAUUGGGCAGAACUACAAGGCCUACAUGAGGACGUCAGUGUCAGGGAAUUGGAAGACCAACACAGGCUCUGCGAUGCUUGAGCAGAUCGCCAUGUCUGACAGAUACAAGCUGUGGGUAGACACAUGCUCGGAGAUUUUCGGGGGACUGGACAUCUGCGCUGUGGAAGCACUGCAUGGCAAAGACGGAAGGGAUCACAUCAUUGAGGUGGUGGGCUCCUCCAUGCCGCUCAUUGGCGACCACCAGGAUGAAGACAAGCAGCUCAUCGUGGAGCUUGUGAUCAGCAAGAUGGCUCAGGCUCUGCCCCGGCAGCGGCAAAGGGAUGCCUCCCCGGGCAGGGGCUCCCACAGCCAGACUCAGUCCCCAGGGGCCCUGCCCUUAGGCCGCCAGACCUCCCAGCAGCCUUCGGGCCCCCCGGCUCAGCAACGACCCCCACCCCAGGGUGGCCCUCCACAGCCAGGUCCGGGCCCCCAGCGCCAAGGACCCCCACUGCAGCAGCGCCCGCCCCCGCAGGGUCAGCAGCACCUUUCGGGCCUUGGACCCCCAGCUGGCAGCCCUCUGCCCCAGCGCCUACCAAGUCCCACAUCAGCGCCCCAGCAGCCGGCAUCCCAGGCCGCACCGAUGACCCAGGGUCAAGGCCGCCAAUCCCGGCCAGUGGCAGGAGGCCCGGGGGCGCCUCCUGCAGCCCGCCCACCUGCCUCCCCGUCUCCUCAGCGCCAGGCAGGCCCUCCACAGGCUACCCGUCAGACAUCUGUCUCCGGUCCGGCUCCACCAAAGGCGUCGGGAGCCGCACCGGGUGGGCAGCAGCGCCAGGGCCCUCCCCAGAAACCCCCAGGCCCCGCUGGCCCCACACGCCAGGCUAGCCAGGCAGGUCCAGGACCUCGCACCGGGCCACCCACCACGCAGCAGCCCCGGCCCAGCGGACCAGGUCCUGCCGGACGUCCCGCCAAGCCACAGCUGGCUCAGAAACCCAGCCAGGACGUGCCACCAGCCGCCGCCGCCGCCGCCGCCGGGGCCCCCCCGCACCCCGGGCUCAACAAAUCCCAGUCUCUGACCAAUGCCUUCAACCUUCCAGAGCCAGCCCCGCCCAGGCCCAGCCUUAGCCAGGACGAGGUGAAAGCUGAGACCAUCCGCAGCCUGAGGAAGUCUUUCGCCAGCCUCUUCUCCGACUGACACCCCACUCUGAGAACCCAAAUCCCUGGGCAACCCUCU